AAACGUUCAGUUACUGAUUGCUCGCUACGAGGAGCGCGUGUCGAACGAAACUCGGCGCUGGCAAGCGCGACUACAUACGAUAAAUCGAAUUUAAUCACUCAAACAAUCGGACUUUGAAGGGGUUUGAUGAAGUAGUGAUACAGUUUUGCGGUGCUUGUGACGUCACCUUGGAUGACCGUGGAAUCGCGGCUGAAAUACCUGUACAGAUCAGAGAGCCAUGCUGACGCGGUGGGUGUUCCUGGCGCUGGCGGUGUCGAGCUGGCGCUCCGCUGACGGCUGCACGUGCAUGCUAGAGCACCCUCAGACACACUACUGUAAUAGUGACUUCGUGAUCGUCGGCAGGGUACAAAAGAUGUUCAAAGGCAAUUCGUUUUACGACACGUACAAAAUGAAGAUUCGAAACGUGUUCAAAGCGACGCAGAAGGCGCAGGUAGCGCUGAAGUCCGGUCGAAUACUAACGCCUACGCAAGACGGGCUCUGUGGGGUAACGCUGAAGCCUAGAGAAACCUAUGUAAUAACAGGUCACGUGACCCAUCUCCAGGCGCACGUCAACCUGUGCGAGUACGUGAACAAGUGGCGCGAGGUGACCCCGCGGCAGCGGAAAGGGUUCCGCCAGCUCUACAAGCAGGGCUGCACGUGCAAGGUGAAGGCAAACGGCAGGACAUGGCGCUCAGGCUCUCCCAACACUUGUUUCAUGCGGAACGACGACUGCUACGAACGACACGGCAUCUGUCUCCACAACCGCCAGCAGCAGUGCCAUUGGACCAGGGCCCCGGCUCUCACGAGAUGCCUCCAGAAGCAGCAUUUUAACGGCACCAUGACUUGAUUCGAUUUUAUGUUAAGUAAUGUUAGCGCCUACCGUUAUAACAAAUCAUGGAAAACAAAUGUUACACUUCUAUAUUGUUGCCUACUGUAAGAUAAGAUUAUUUAAUUACUGACUAAUAUUUUCUAUACUACCUAAAAGCAGCUAUUUAAAAGAGUUCAAAGAAUUUUGACUAAUUUGUAUCUACCUACUAUACGACUCAACCCGCAUGCCGUCAACUUAAACGUUAAAUCCUUGAAGGAUUUAAAUCAGUUCAAUUUAAACAUAUCUCCCUAAUACGUUUGGGAAAAGUCAAUAGUUUCUAAUUUAAAGUUAGAGAGUAUUUUAAUAUAAGAAAUGUUUUCAAUAGCUGAAGAGAUUACGUCAUAGAAAUUGUGAAAGAAAGCUUAAGUACCUAGGUACUGGCCCUUGUGAAUUCCUUUAAUCCGUCUUAUUCUUUCGCUUUGAGUAAAACGCCUCAAUUGUUUUGUAUUACAAAACGAGAAUUAGUGUAGGUGUAAGUAAGGCUAUCUUUAAAGAUAUUAUUUAUUUCUAAGCUAAUGAUUGUAAAUUAACAAAUCAUAGUGAUAUUGUUAGGUUUUAAAUAAAGAAUUUUCAGAAA